GCAGCAGCCAGUCAAGACAGCAGGAAUAACAACACAGCACAGAUUAUUAUUUCAAGACCUGAGCAAUAAAUAUAUGAAACGAAGACUGUGAUUAAAUUCUUUGUUUUCUGGCACACCACGAGAGAGGGGGAGGGAAAUCCACAUUGUCUGUGACUUUUUUUUUUUGGGAAAGAAGACCUGAGGUGGAGCUCCACUGGAAUCGUAUUGCCUUCUAGCUAGAUGGCUAACAUGCAGCUUUAGUGUGUGAAUUUGCACCAAAACUGGGACACAUCGAGCUGGAAUUUGCAUGGAUAUCCAUUGUCUCAACCACUUUAACAUUCACCUAUUCGCAUGCAGCUGAAGCCACACUGGCAUUUUUCAUCUUGCAGACAUAGCUGGCUUUUGCUAGCUAGCUCGAAAGGACCGAGCCGUUCGCGCAGCUGAGGGACGGACACACGGCACUUUCGGUCGGCGUGAGCACCAACGCCAUGCCGCGGCUCGGCCUGUCCGUAGAGCCAGCCUCAGCAAGCUAACGUUAGCCGGACACAGUAGGCCGCUUCAGAUGGUCGCUAUCAUUCCUUAGCGAGCUAAUUAGAUAAGUCACAGUGCAAAACACAAAGCACCUUUAUCUUGCGCCGGUGCUUUCGUUUUUGUAAGCCCAGUGGAAGGACUAGCUAGUGCCGGAUAACCUGCUAAUUAGCCGCCUGGGCUGGUUGUUGUUUACAGUGUGCUAGCAUGUAAAUUUCUUCCAGUUACAGUUUAGCUUGGAAGCCACACCGAGCGGUGUGGAAAGUCUUUAUUUUUACUCACCCAGCCGAGGUAUGACUCUUUCUGUGUGUGGAGUAAUUUGCAAUAUCUAUCCACAUCAAAACAAAUGAUAUGAAAAUCACUCUGAGCAUUCAUGUUAGGUUUUAACAUUAGCUAUGCAACCAUAUGACUGAAUAACGAGGUAGUUCUUAGCCUGUAUGGGAUUAUUUAGGUUGUCACAGCUGCUUAAGUCACACAUGUAAACAAGUCUGACCGCGUGUGAGGUUUUGGUUAGUGUUUCAUUGCAUUACACUAAAUAUUAUCUGCUUAUCUGCAGUGAAUUAGCUUUACACAGACACUAGAAGGCAUGGCUGUUGUUGUUCUCCAGGAGCACAGCAAGACAUAUCAGCCAUUCAUUCAUGAUUGAUGACCUUUGAGGAAGUAGGCUAUCCUUUAUCUGUUUUCCACUACAGCUAAAACACUGCAUCAGGCCACUAACAGUCUUUGUUCUAGUAUUUAUUUUGGACCACUAAUGUAACCUGGCAAAGAAGGAUACUGAGGAGAUAGUCAGUUUUGAAUGUUAGUUUUAGCAGCACUUUCUUUUAUAAACCUACUGACACCUAGCUGGAACCACUUGGGCGGAUGGGAACAUGAGGACCCUGUCUGAUCUGAACCAGCUUCCAAGUAGCUUGAAGAUCUGAUCAAAGCACAACAGAGAGCCCCAUUGUGUGGACUGAGAAGAGGAACGAGAUGACGAUGGUGAUGGGGAUGAUGAUAAAAGAGGCCCAGUGACAGCGUUGAUCUCGCACCAGGAAGCAGAGGAGUGUCACAAGGCUGCAGACAUGAGUCUCCGCCAACCCACCUCGACACUGGACAGCAGGGCAGCCAAUAAGAAAAACGCCAACCUGUUCAGGCUCAGCAGUCUGACCAUCGGGGACUCGGAGCGCAAAUCCUCUGCCACCCAGCAGAGGGAGCCAAUGGCCGACAUCCCUGCUGAGGGCACGGGUCCCGGUCUUGUUCAGAGAUGUGUGGUUGUGCAGAAGGACCAGCUUGGUUUCGGCUUCACAGUGUGUGGAGAGAGAGUUAAGCUAGUGCAGAAUGUCCGACCAGGUGGUGCAGCAGUCAAAGCCGGGGUUCAAGAAGGGGACCGCAUCAUAAAGGUGAACGGCUCACUGGUGUCCUCCAUGUCCCAUCAGGAGGUGGUAAAGCUCAUCAAAUCUGGAACGUACGUAGCUCUGACACUACAAGGACCUCCCCCCUCAGCCGCCUCCUUGCCCUUAGAACCCCUCCCCACUGACCUCACACCCAAUCAAAGAACAUCUCUGGGUGGGGAGGCUCCACCUCCACCACCUCCACCCCUGCCCUCUGGACUCGGUGGCAACCCUUCCCAAAGAAUCACGGGACCCAAACCACUACAGGACCCAGAAGUACAAAAACAUGCCUCUCAGAUACUCAGGAAAAUGCUGGAGCAGGAAGAAGCUGAACUGCAGGGCUUGAUGGAGGAGCAGCAGAGGAACCCAUCGCCGUCACUGGAGGAGCGCAUCGAAAGUGCCAAGAGGAGAGCGAACCAAGUCAGGGUCAAGAUUCAGCAAGAUGUGGAGGGAAUGCGAUCAGAAUCUAUCGCGAGUUAUGUCAUAGCAGGAGAAGGUCGACUGUCAAUGGACUCAAGCGAAGGCGACAUGGAGGCCUUUGAGAGUCCCCACUCCUCCCCCUCAUUCUCCUUCAGGACCCCCCUACACCGACGGCAGAGCUCCGACACACACACCCUCUCUGAUUCGGGUGGAAAGGCGCAGAUCAUCGGCCCUGAGGAAGAGGAUGAAGAAAGUGACGGCUAUGCAUUUAAUGAGAUGGACGGUCCGUUCCAGGACAUUGAGUUGUUGAAAACACGACCAGCACACAUGACAGUGUUCAUGAGAUAUGUCUUCACCCAGCUUCUGGACCCCAACCCUUUGCUGUUUUACCUGUCGGUGGAGGCAUACCUGGGCUCCAGCCCUAAAGAUGCCCGCGCACUUGCACCCCAGAUCUGUUCCCAUUUUCUGGACCCUGAUGCUCCUUUGAAAAUCAGAGUACGAGAGGAGUAUCUCACAGAUAUUGAGAGUCGACUACAUGCCCAGGAGGACAUCAGAGGACCCCUGUCUGAGCUGCAGCAGCAGGUGCUGCCAGAUAUUCAGGACCAGAUACAAGACUACAGGAACAAGCAGAUGAUGGGUCUUGGCUCUCUGUUUGGAGAAGGAGACCUGCAUCACCUUGAUGGAGACCCUGCGAAAGAGAAACAAGUGGUGGACAGACAGGUUACUGCCCUCUGGGAGAUAUUAUCAAAGCACGAAGAGGACAGAAGUUCUCCUCUGGCGUCAGCAGUCCUCCUGUACCUGCGUCAUUCUGGUAUCAAGCUAAGAGAUUCCAAGGUCUUCCCAGGUUUGAGUACAGAGAAGGAGAAGUGGCUCGCGUUCUUAAAGACAAAAAAGCUGAGUGGUACCAAGAAAGAGAAAGAUGGAGAGGAUAAAAAGAGAAACCCCAUCCUGAAGUACAUCGGAAAACCCCGAGCCACAUCCCAGUCCACAUUCCAUGUCCCGUUGUCACCCAACGAAGUCCGUCCUGGCAGUGUGAGGAACAUCAUCCAGCAGUUUGAGAAUCACACAGAGACGACGGGAGAGGAGGGAGGUGACGCUGCCGACCCCCAGAGGCUCUCCUCCAGCAGCCUGGGAGAAGACAGCAUGGAGAGCCCUACGGUCUCAGUGCGUCUGGCACGCAGCGAGUCGUUGAAGGCUCAGGGAGAAGGGCGUCGGCGGGGUGUUGCCUCAGGGACAGAGUCUGUCCCCCGCUCUCGCAGCGAUGUGGACAUGGAGGACUGUGGGGAGGAGAGGGAGGGGCCGGGCCUCAGGCCACUGCAGCACAGCACAUCAUCAUCUGCGUCCAGCAGCUCUGCACGGUCUCUAGAGAACCCUACACCCCCAUACACCCCUCGGUCUAGACGCAGGAGUGUGGACUCACCGUUGGCUCUGCUACCGGACGCUGCAGCGCUGGAGGAUGAAGUGUGCGACGGUCAGAACUGGCAGGACACGGUGUCUCCUCAGCUCCUCGCCACGCUCAGCCCGAGGGAGGUGGACAGACAGGCCGUCAUUUAUGAGCUGUUCACCACAGAGGUGUCCCACCUGCGGACCUUGCGGGUCCUGGACCAGGUCUUUUUCCAGAAGAUGAGGUCUGUGCUGAACACUGAUGAGCUGGCCUGCAUCUUCCCCAACCUGCCGCAGGUCUACGAACUCCACGCAAGUCUGUGCGAAGCGAUGAAGAAGCGCAGAGAAACUCCCAUCGUUCAGGAAAUCGGGGACGUUAUGCUGGCCAGGUUUGAAGGUGCAGCCGGAGACGAGUUUCAGGAACAGGCGUCCCAGCUGUGCAGUCAGCAGUCUCAGGCGCUAGAACUCAUCAAGAACAAACAACGUAAAGACCCUCGCUUCGCUCACAUCAUCCAGGAGUGUGAGGCGAGUCCUCACUGUCGGAGGCUGCAGCUUAAAGACCUGCUGGUGUCUGAGAUGCAGAGACUCACCAAGUACCCUCUGCUGCUGGACAACAUCAUUAAACACACAGAGGCUGGUUCAUCGGACCUCCCCUCACUCCAGCGAGCCCAGGUUUGUUGCCGAGGGAUACUGCAGGCUGUCAACGAGGUCGUCGGGGAAACAGAACACCGGCAACGUCUCAGCCAAUACCAACGCAGGCUGGAUGCUGCCCCUCAAUUCAAGAGUCUCGACCUGACCACAAAGAGAAUGAUUCACGAAGGUCCUCUCACCUGGAAAGUGAGCAAAGAUAAACAGAUAGAGAUCCAAGCGCUGCUGCUGUCAGAUUGCCUGGUCCUUCUGCAGAGAGGCCCAGACGACCGGCUGCAACUGCGAUAUCCAUCCCGCUGGCUGGGUGGAGGCGGAGGAGGCGGCGGAGACAGCAAGACCUCCUUCAGCCCUCUGGUGAAGCUGGACUCACUGCUGGUCCGCUCAGUAGCUACGGACAACAAAGCUCUCUAUGUCAUCAGCACCACAGAGAGGCAGAUCUAUGAACUGGUGGCUGGGACGUCAUCAGAGAAAAACACCUGGAAAGAUUUACUUGAAAAAGCCGUCUCAUCGGCCGAUGGCUCAUCGCCCCUGAUCAGUCACGGAUCUAUGCCAAUAACUUCCCCCAGUAUCCGCAGUGCGUCCCCAGUCUCGACCGACAGCAAUAUCGAUGCAGACAGUUCAGUGACCGGGCAGUCAGAUUCCAUGGCACCGCAUUCCUCCAACAACGACAUCGUGCUCUCCGACAGCACACCUGUGGACCAAUCAGGAGCUUUCAUUUGUGGUGAAAGACAAGCAGCUGGUGUGGCAGAGGCUGCUUUAAAAGACGUUGAAACACUACGGCGGCUCAUAUCACAAGACCUGGAAGACGACGGAUGGAGCCACGACUCAGAUGAAACGCCCACCAACGAGACGGCCAACGACGGGAGCUCGUUCGCUGAAAGACAGCGGCCGGAGUCUUUGGAGACCGUCCUCAGCUUCAGCACCAACGACUGGGAGGCUGAGCCUGAAGAGGUUCCGCCCUCAGACACGGAACAACCCAACGUUCAGGUCAUAAGGAAAGCUGUGGUUGCGGGUCCUUCUUCUUCUUCUUCUGUCCCCGACGACAUUACUGAUGAUGUCACCCUCCCCUCCGACCAAUCAUCCAAGCCGAGAGGGAACACUUUCUACUUGGUAAUGCCAACAGAGCAGGGAGAGAGUGUCACUGAUGACCUCAACGACCCUCCUACCCCCACCGCCAGCCACUUCCCUCAGUCUCUGGAUGAAGUGAUGUCACCACAAGUGCAGACGGAAGAGGAAACGCCAGCCGGUGGUCCAGGACUCAGCCGGUCAGAGGCUUUGAACCUGGAACGGGAGGAAGAAACGGGUCAAUCGCAGGCCGGGUCCCAGAGUCACGUGAUCAAAAACGUGGAUGAGAUUUUCCACACGAUUGAGGGUUUGAUGAGCAAGCUGCGCCAGCUGAAGGAAAUAGAAAAGGCUCAUCACAAGCUUUUGAAAACCCUCACACACUCUGUCAAUCAGGAGUCAGGGGACCAACGAUGUCCCUCAGCAACCGUCUCCAGGACGCCAUCUUUGGAUCGCGGCUCAGGAGAAAGCAAAGAAGGAAGUCCAGCAGAACCCAAGAUUCAGUCAACUGGAUUCUGAUGCUGCUCUAGAGUGGAUUUACUUGUGGACAUUCACUCUUGAUUGAUGGCAUACGGACACACACACACAUAUGUACCCACUGUCAGACUUGGGCGUCCUAGCCCCACCUCCCCUUGCCCUUCAUCCCUGCAUGUACCGACCAGUGGAGCAGAACCUAAGCAGGACUGUAGCCAUUUUUGUUUUUCUGGUUCCCUGGGAUACCAAGAAGCUGGUCGGACUCAUCAGGACUUCUGAGGUCUGCGAAACCUCUGACUUGUACCGGAGCACGAGGGAGUCCAUGGCAAGUGAGGAAAAAGUAUGAAGGAACAGAAAGGCAGAAGAAAAGUUGACUAGUGAAGAGAAAACGAAAAGUCGGAGGAACUGAAAGUGGGAAAAUGACCAAGUUGGAUAUUUGUGAAGGAAAAAAAGAGUUGUAUGUCUCGCUUUUAAGAGCUGGUUGAAUGAACGGAGCAGAAAAGUGUUGAAACAUUAAUUUAAGGAAAAAUCCGAGGGACCCAUCACCCCAGCACUUUACCCACAAUGCAUCCCUCUGUCAUGUACAUCCUCUACAGUGCACAGAUCAGGGACUGGACACGGCUAGGGCUUCGUUUAGGGGCCGACACUUGAGCCAAGAUGGCCUCCGGGGGUCCCCUCCCCCCCUUCCACUGGUUGCUUUACACUGAGUUCACCUGCCACUAUGGCCGAAGGACUGUGUCUAUAUAAUUCAGGUUAUUUGCACUGGGUAAGGAAACCAAUAUCACAUACACACAAGCACCAUUUAACCAUAUUAUUCAUCUCAGACGUUCAUAUCCCCUCACUGUGGGAGUAACAGUAGAGUUAUUAUAUAUGGGAACAGUUGCAGCCAUGCUGUCAUAUCCUUAAGCUUUCUUUUAAGCUACAAGAUGGCUGUCCAUCAGUGCAACAUAUUGAUCAUUACAUGGUUCGUAUUGAUUGUUCUUUUUUUUUUUUUUUUUAAUUUCUGGAAACACUACUGCGCUGUUUACUACUGAAAUGCUGGCAGGUUUUAUUUUCAGCGCUGCUUCAGAGGCGUACAGGGAUCUCAGCGAUUCAAACAACAAGCUCAGCGGAUUCACAGCUGUCCCGAACAUGUAAAGUUUUUUAGGUUCAAAGUUCGGGAGACCUAGGAGGUUCUUGGGGGGCUAGAUUAAAGACAGGCAAUGCUGACGCCGUGUGAGGAAACAGGGCAAGUACAGAUACAAAAUCAGAAACUUGAAUUUUCACUGAAAACCUGUUUGUUACUCAAACAAAUUGCUGCCAAAUAUUGCCGCUGACAUUGCCUGUCUACACUUUAAGAUUUGACUGUUCAUCCUUUAGCUCUCUCCAGCAUAUUUUGUGUGUAAAUACCACAGUAAAGACUGUGAACCAGCAUCUUCUCCUCUUCUCCCAUCCAGUGGUCAUGGCACACCGUGUUUAUAUCCCUCUAGCCGACAUCCAAAGCCAUGAAAGGAAUCUUUACCAAGUAGCUUUCCAGCGAGAGACCUGGACAGAACCCAGAGAAAAGAAAAGCUUUGUAAAAAUGUAAUUUUACAAAUUCAAGGACACGCACAGUUAGAUGACCAUUUAAAGAAAAUGCUCAACAUUUUUGGGAAAUAAUUUUAUUUGCUUUCCUGCCAAUAGUCAGGUAAGAGGAGCCAUACUUCUCUACCCGUCUGUACAGUAAUUAUGGAACCACUGCUAGCAGGUUAGCCGGUUAGCUUAGCUUAGCAUAAACACUGUGAAGCAGGGCGACAGCUAAAGUUCACUAAAUACCAUGUUAAAUCUCAUUUACUGAUUAGAUUAAGUUUUUAAUUAGUGUGCUAACCAGUGGUGGUAGAUGGAGCUAGCUGUUUUCUCUUGUUUUAAGUCUUUAUGCAAAGCUAAUCUAAGCCACUGCCGGCUCUAAGACACAGACAUGAGAGUGCUACUCGAAUGGAAAACGAAUGAAUGUAUUUCCCAAAAUGUUGAACUGUUCCUUUCCUACUUUUGGAUCAUAGGUAGGACGUAGUUUACUGCCCUUGACCUGCAGAAAUGUUUUGUUUACGCCUUGGUUGAGGGAUGUAUAACCAGCAAAGACUGACACUUCGGCCAAGUGCUAAUCUCUCUUUAUUUUUCCAGAGUCUAUAUGUAGGGAUCUAAUGUUAAUACACACUAAACACAAAAUGUGUAUUUAAACUGCUACAAGGAGAGAACUUCUUAAUGAGGAGCAUGUACCAGUUGAAAUGUCCUCUCCUGUGUUUAGCCUCUUUUCUCUAAUCAAGCCGGGCAGAAUCACACGGGACUGAAUUUUAUUUGAGCUGGUUUCAAAUACUGACUGAGGAGCGCGCGUACACUACCAAACUGAACCAAACCAAGAGCCAGUUCCAUUUUACACACUAUCAGCCACUGAGUCCACUGUUUAAAAGGAUGUUUCACUGUGUGGUGGAAGGUUUUCACUCUUUAACCAGCACACCCUGAGGGAGGAGGAGCUGAUGAAGGAGAAGUGUGACUUGUUUUUUUCACAGUGCCACUGAUUUUCACAGCUGACCCGGGAUGAACUUGCAGAAGAAAAGUGCUAAAAUGUAAAGAUGUUCUACCAAAGUGAAAUAUCUCUUCAGAGGUGUCGAAGGGAACAGAUUUUUUUUUUCUUCUCAUUACAGCUGCUGUUUUUCAAGCAUCUCAGACAAGGAAACUGAAGUUUUGUCCAUGAAAAGGAAAAAUAAAAUCCUUAAUAUUAACAUUUUUCUGUGUUAUGCUAUGGGCGCGGUCAUGCAAUGUCCGUUUUUGACCAUAGUUUCACACAGAAAAUGAAGAGUGUCGGAUAAUCACUUGGUCUGAGCUGCUUGAAUCAGAAUUAGAAUCUCCUCUUCUCUAAAAACCUUUCUGUGCAUCUCCUCUCCUUUCCUCCCACCUCCAACUACAGCAUUUUUCAUCUCCAAUUUCUACCUCUACACUUCAGUUUCUUUGCAUCCUUAAUUAUUUCUCCUUUUUCACACAUUUUUUUUCGUACAUUGACAUCGGCGUCGUGGCCCUAACCGGCUGUAAAGAAGCUAUAACUGAUUCCUUUUUUAAAAAAAAAAAUGUUGCACAAGCAAAACUUCCCUGCACGGUGCAAACUACUGUAUGCAUACACAUCUUUAACUGUCAUCUCAUUGUCUUUUUAUUUUGUGUCUUUUUUUUUUUUUUAAUCUUGUUCACACAUGUAAUAUAGAGAAAUCAGACCCACUUGUUUUAUAUAUGUUAAUUUUUUUCUGUAAAGCCUUAGUCCUCGUAUUUGAUUUUAUUUUUGUAGAUAUGAUUAAAAAAAAGGAUGUAUAAAUUAUUUUCUUCGCCCUUGUUUUUAAAAUUGGUGAGAUUGUUAGCUGCACAGAAGGAAAAAGGAGCUCAUGUUUCAGAUUCAUGUGUUUUGUGAGAUUAAAAAGAAACUGGACAAAGAAAAAAA